AUGGCGCGAACGAAAGAUGAGACAGCUGAGUGGGAGAAAUACCGCGAUGAGCUCAAGUCGCUGUGGUUAGACAAACGAUGGACCUUGAAACAGGUGAAAGAAUACAUGUCUCAGGCGCAUAAUUUCUGCAAAAGUGAAAGUCAGUUCACUCGACAAUUCAGCAGAUGGGGGUUUAAGAAGAAUUUGACAGAUGCGGAAUGGAAAUUUGUCGCAAGGCGUGGGGAGAAGCGGAAACGUGAAGGAAAAGAGCCAGGUCCUGUCCGACUGCAUGGAAAACUCAUUCCUGAACCCAAAGUCAGGAAAGAGACCUCUCGUCAUUCCAAAUUGUCCAACCAGUACGUCGGCGAUCUUGACCCGCCAACUCCUGAUGGUGUUGUGGUGGGGACACCUAGGGUAGAGAUAGAAAGUUUCUUUGAUGCACCCUUAGAGUGGCUCCAGAAUGGAAGUUUCGAUUUUUUGAACCUCGAUGCUCUAUCCCCGGUUCCAUCAAACCAUGGAGAUCUUGCAUUCCAGUUCGAAAUAGCGGAACCAUUCCCGUCAGAUUUCUGUCUUCAUUCUCAAUGGAAUGAGCAGCCAGCUGUCAUUUCCAAUCCAAACGAGCUUACGGUGAAGCACCAAACAAUAGCCCUUCUUUCAUCAUCCUCCGCCGUUGCCACACAUAAUGGAAACUGGCCCAGUUCCGACCAUAAGAUGGUUAAGGAGACUCUUCAUAUUCUCCUACGACAGUUUGUUGCUUGCGGCGGCCGGGGACAUGGUGAUCUGGUCUUAGCCCUGGAACCGGUUACGACAGGAGCAGACACUCAAUAUCAAAUUUCUUCCCCAACAAACCCUUCAAACUACCUGCGGAUGUGUGUCUAUCUGGCAUCUAAUAAUCUCCUUGCUUUAGCUUCAACAAGACAGCUGGUCUCGCUCAUCGCAGAAUCAAACUCUCAUUCCAGUUUGAAGACGUUUGUGGAACCGUAUUCUACAAGUAAUGAGAUAUUCAUGAGCACUCUGCUAGCAAGCGCAGCAGCCGUGGGAGACGCCAAGAUCUGUCAAAUACUCAUUGAGGCUGGGGCAGACCUGGACACUCUCAGCGGAACGACCAUGCGAACAACACCACUCCACCUCGCCAUUCAAAAUGGGAACACAAGAUGUACGAAACUGUUACUGGAAGCUGGUGCGGACCCAAAUUUGGUGGUCGAAAGAAACACGCCACUUCACAGUGCUUGCGUAUACUGGUACUCUCGGCGAGCGCUCGAUAUUGUGAAUCUUUUACUCCGGCAUGGAGCACAGGUAAAUCCAUCGCAAGAUUGCGCUCGAUCGACACCUCUGCAACUUGCUGCGGACACCGAAGAGCCUGAGAUCUUGAAGUCACUUCUCGACAAUGGAGCGGACCCAAAUGUUUCCACAACCUCUAUGAGUGGCACUGCUCUACAGAGGGCGUGUUACGGCAAUUCGAGGAACGCCAAUAUGGUAGAACUUCUGGUGAACGCAGGGGCCGACAUCAAUUAUUGCUCUGGUUGCAGAUUCCCCAGCCGAGAUGGAGCUUCUUCUGCGGAUCGCGAUACAUUCUCUUCCUCGAGCCAAGUCUUAGACGAUUGGGGAAGUGGAUUUGGGCUCCCACGUUCCUUCAAGCCUCCCAUUCUCAUUGCAGCCGAAAAAGGGAAUUGGGAGACAGUGCAGCUUUUAUUGGAAGAAGGAGCUGCAGUAAAUACUGAUUUAAAAAGCUGCCCCUCCCGAGCCCUUGAAAAAGAGCUCGACAUAGCGGAAAUAGCUGUUUUCACUCCACUGCAAGCUGCAAUUCGAGCAAAAAACAUGACCAUGACUCGUAUGUUAUUGGUAAACGGCGCUGAUGUCAAUAUGAAGGUGAAGGGCAAUUAUGGGCAUACGGCGCUUCAAAUUGCUGCUAUGGUCGGCAACGAACGGCUUAUCGGAAUUUUAUUGCGAGAGGGCGCAGAUAUUAAUUCCCCUGCUGGUGUCUAUUGUGGCCGGACAGCACUCCAAGCCGCUGCAAUCCAUUCCGGCACACGGCUUUUGGGUCUCUUACUUAGCGAGGGAGCAGAUGUCAACGCCUCUCCAGCUCGGUUCUACGGCAGGACUUCUCUGCAGAUAGCAAUCACAGCAGGAAACAUCGAAGGCGUCAGAAUGCUGCUUGAUGCGGGGGCCAUCUUCAACACUGAUCCUGAUCUAACUGAGGGGGUCACUUGUCUUCAAGCAGCUUUCAAAUUCGCCAAUUAA